UCCUCACUGCCUCCAAACAUGCCUUUUAUUCUUAGCUGACAAGUGCCUUUUUGCUCAAAUAUGUGUAUCCUGACAACAUGGUGGGGAGUUGCAUUUUCUCACCUUCUUCCUCGAGACCCCAUUCUCCCUCUAUUUCAGGUUAAAGUGGACUGCUCCCAAGCAGGUGGAAGGCAGCAAAUUCUAUAAAUAGGGGUGGGAAGGUGUAAGCAGAUGAUGCAUUGCAAGGCAGCAGAGCAGGAAGAGAGUGAUUUCUCAUUGGUUUUGUAUAUGUGUGUCUAGCCCUCUCCUUGGUUUGCAUUGAUUUUUUUACUUGCAGACUGAGUGGGUGGGUGUAAGAAGGAGAGAGGUGUGUCUUUGCACUAGAUUCAUGUUACCCACUGAGCUAGGGGGGUUGCUGGGCUCACAGGGGAUGGAAUUCUGGACCAGCCCUGCCUCCUAUGAUGAAGUCAAUGGGAAUACUGACCUGCAUGAUAACGCUGACUUGAUAUCCCAGGAGCUGGAGGAGGUUUUAUGCAUACUUGAACGUGAAGUUCACAUUCUGCAAAUCUUUGGGGAAAGGGUUGAUCCAGGAUCUGGAAGGCUGCGAUGUGAACACUUGUUGAAGUAUUCAGAUUAUCAUGCUCUGUUCUGAGCGGGUUGGCAGGAUCACCAAGACCUACCAUGAUAUAGAUGCAGUCACCAGCCUUCUGGAAGAGAAGGAGCAUGACUUGGAGUUGGCGGCCCGCAUUGGGCAAUCGCUACUGAAGCAGAACCGGAGCCUGUCGGAACGCAAUGAACUCCUGGAAGAACAACUUGAACUGGCAAAGGAAGAGAUAGCUCAGUUGCGCCAUGAGAUUUCCAUGAGGGACGAUCUACUGCACCUCUACACCAACAGUACAGAGGAGAGUGAGCCUGCCUCUGCCACUUCCACUCCGCUGCGAAGGAAUGACUCCGCCCUCUCUCUGCAUCAGUGUUUUCAGUUUGAUGCCUUGCAGCAGAAGCUGAAAGGCCUGGAGGAGGAGAACCAGAAGCUGCGCACAGAGGUCACAAGCAUCGCCACAGAAACGUGUCAAUACGAAGAACAGGAGCAGAAGCUGAUGAUUGACUGUGUGGAGCAGUUUUCUGAUGCCAGUCGAGAGGUGGUUCUGCUCUCUGAGGAGCUUGCCCGCAAGGCAGAGGAUGCUGCUCGACAGCAGGAGGAGAUCAGCCACCUCCUCGCUCAGAUUGUGGAACUUCAGCAGAAGUGCCGGACGUACGGCUCGGAGGCCGAGGAGCUACAGCAACAUCUCACUGCUGCAAAGGAGGUCCAGCAGCAGCUGCGCACAGAGCACCAGGAUCUUCAGGAGAAAUAUGUCGAGUGUGGGGCGAUGUUGCAUGAAGCACAGGAAGAGAUAAAGAGCCUCCGGAACCGCAGUCUCCCCAACAGCACCAUCAACCGCCACAGCUCCCCUACAUUCUUACCCUUGGAUUCUCUAGCUGCAGAGAUCAAGGGCACGAUGAGAAAGGGGACAGACAGCUCUGGUUCCUCAGAGUACAAGAGUGUCCGACGGGUCUUUGAGACAGUCAAGGCUGUGAACCAAGUGGUGAAAGCCCGGUCGCGGGCAGUGUCGCCUCUGAGUUUUCCUCCAGGAUCCCCCAGACCUUCCUCACUGGGCUGUAGCCGCUUGAGCACCCCACGCACCAGCUUCUAUGGAUCAGAGAGCCCCAUUGUGGGAGGCCUGGAGGGGCAGGACAGCCAGGCUCCGGAAGGUCUGGAAAAUACUCAACAGGGCGAGGCUGGUACACCAGGCACGCCUGGUCAGCGGGACCUGGAAGUUGCCCUUCAGUGUUUGUCCGCCCGCCAGGAAAACCAUGGCACCGAGCGUUCAUUCUUUGACCUGGAGCGGGAAUGUAAGCUGAGGCGCCUGGCCCGGGAUGCUGAGGACUCCAGUGGCUUCCUCACCCCCAACGAAAGCAUCACGUCGACUGGCACCAACUAUUCAGGCAGCUCUGGUGGCUCUGGCUUCUCGCUGGGCUCCUUCUCUUACUUCCCUGAUAAGCUUCAAAUAAUCAAGCCUCUGGAAGGCUCAAUGACGCUACAUCACUGGCAGCAGCUAGCCCGGCCUAACCUUGCUGGAAUCCUGGACCCUCGGCCUGGUGUGCUCACCAAAGACUUCCGGCAGCUUGACACAGAUCUGGAAGAAGUCUACAACCUGAAUGACCUCGAGGAAGAUGAUGUGGAUACAGGCUCCUUCCCAGCCCUUGCUACUUCAACACCUGCCAAAGCCAAGGAAAGACCUAGUGUCUUUCACUCAGUUAACAAUCUGCCCCAGACCCCGCCUACUUUCACCAUCACCACCUGUUGCAUCUUGCACCCUAGAAACGAGGUCACCACGGUGACACCCAGUCUUUAUAAUACAGUUGUGCCCUCUUGUGGGCCCUGUACGGGGCUGAGCCCCACUCUCCCUCCCCAGCUCCCUCUGCAGGAACCGCCCAGCCCUGAGCAGGAGCAGCCGCGGGAGGAUUCCCCUCUUGGACUGGUGACUCUUCUGAAGAAGCAAGGCAUUUCAGCGCGGAGCAGGGCAGCAGGGGCAGCUGCAGCCUUGCCCCAGUUUGCAGGAGGCUUGAACGCCUCGUGUUGGCGGUCUCCUUCCUGGGCCUCUAUGUGGCUCUGCCAGUGGGACGGCCUGGCUGAGCGGGCCUCGGGACCGCAUCGGAGGGAAACGGAGAAGAGCAAGAACAACAUCUUCAGUUUGAACCUGGUGGAGAAACUGCAGCAGCUGGGGCUGGAGAAAGUGGUGGCAAGAGGUGAAGCCUCCUACACCACCUCACCUCUGCAGGGGCUCCACCAGAGGAAGAGAUGUCUGUUGUGACUCAGCAGCCUCAUGGGUGCGGCAUUAGCCGGCGGGAAGGGGAUUCACAUGAUGUGCUUCCUUACAAAGCGGACUUUGUGGCUGGAGUCUUGGGCUAGUGUUUUGGAGGACCAUGAAGGGCUUGGUGGAGAGGGGAGGCUGUAUCUGCAACGUUGUCAUCUUUCUGCCCUGCAUCCUGUAGAUCAGGAGACGUGUGGGCUGUUCACUUUGAUGUUGGCAUGCCUCUGCUUCAGAUAAACAAUCGUGGCUUCCUUCCAUUCUCAUCCCAGGAGCCCUGGGAAUUCUGGCUCUGUGGGCUGGGGAACGUCUACACCUUUGCAAAACUAGAAUCCCCAGACUUCCUUGGGAAGGAAUCAUGCUGGUGAAACUGCUUUUUAAUCCAUGUCUUUGUAGCUUUUGAGGUGCCCCAUAAUGCAACCCUUUAUUUUCAUGUUGACUACAUAGGACACAUGCCUGUCUGGUUUAAGUGGCGAGAAGCCAUAAAAGAAGGGCGGGGGGGACCUCAGAGGUCACACUCGCGGGGCAGAACCUGUGGGAGGCCAAGCUUUGGAAUCCUCUGCUAAAGGUAAGCAUGAGGACCAGGAGGCAUCAGUUUCUCAGGGUCACAUGAGCUCAUUUUCUUAGGCUCAUGCUUGGCGCCCCCCCCCCAUUGUUUCCCCUGUUAAUUCCUAUAAGCAAUGCACACUGUUCAUAGGAAGCCAUUAGUGUAGGAAUCUCUUGCACUUAAGUGGGAUAAGCAGGGAUUUUUUUGCGGGCGGGGGGUGGGGGAGACUGACUUGCUUCUGAGAGUGGUGGUGGGAGUUUCAUCCAGUAGCUCUCACCACCUUUCCUGACUUGGGGAAAUGGGAACUCGGGCAAAUGCACAAGGGGUUCCAUGGCUGUGUCUGUCCUGGGUCUGGUGAGCUGAUCUGAAAACAAAAACCCAUAAUUAGAGUUUGAGGACAGAUCAUAGACACUGCUGACCAGGCUCCAGUUGAGUCCAUGCUGCACUGCCCUAGAGUUCUUCAAACCCGCAGUCCGUGUCCUGUUCCUUCUCUUGCGCUGAGUCACCCAAAGCUGGCUUCACCCUAUAUCCUGGGCUGCUCUUUGGGGAGACAAAAUGUCCCCUUAACGGUUGUAUUCCCUGCACUUUAUUUUCACCAUCCCAGCACUUAUUGCUGACGUUUUUAAUAUUGAGUGUCCCCUACACUUAUUGAACCUGUGUGUGGUUCCUCUUUGCUGAAGCCAGGAUUAGUCCUUGACCCUGCCCGCUGGCCCCCCCCCCCCGCCCACCUCCUCCUACCACAAACAGUGGUGUUAAAAUUGGGCCAAUAGUAGAGUUAUAUGGCUGGUUUCCACAGAAGCUCUGCUCUUUCUUUUCUUUUUUUUUAAAGGAUGCCUGGAUGUUCCCAUUUAUAGAUGUUAAAUUAAAAUACCCCCUCCUUGGAGGGCCUGUCUGGAUCUCCACUCCUUGCACACUCCUCUGUAUUUACUGCACAGUAUAGUCAUUUGCACAUCUGCUCCAAAGGCCAGGCCCCUUCCCAUUUUGCUUGAUCUUGUCACCAAUUUUGACAUUUGUGUGCAUAUAUCUGUUCUCCUGUGUCUCUUGGUGAAAUAAACAUGGUGUUUCUGUUGCCCUAAA